CUCUUGCCUCCUAAUCUGAUCAUUCCUCAUAAUCAGGAAGAUGACAGAAGCGGGGCCGAGCUCCGUUCAACCGCCUUUGAAGAAACAGCGAUGGGCUCCUACAAAGCACUUGACUGAAGCUCCUCAUCCGCCAGUCAUCGAUCAUAGACAGGACGAAGAAGCAGCAGCACAUCAAGCCGCUCAAGAAGCAGGAUACGAAGGAAGGCGAGUACGAAAGUUUUUGCAACGGAGAACUGUGGAUUACAAUGAUAGCUUUUAUAGAUGGAAGCUUCAUCGAAAUACCAUCACAUGCGUUCGUGAUGAUAGAUUGGUUUGGCCGGGUGUGAAUCAUAUCGUGGAAUUAUUACCGGCUGCUGCAUAUCGUUCAUCAGCACAAGCCGUUACAACCAAUUUAGUGCAUUCAUCCACAAAUAAGAUUCGUAAUCCGGUCAACGUCAUCCGUUGGACUCCCGAAGGAAGACGGCUGUUGACAGGGUCUUCAAGUGGUGAGUUUACCCUCUGGAACUCACUCACUUUCAAUUUCGAAACAAUCUUACAAGCGCACGAUCAUGCAAUUCGUGCUAUAGAAUAUACCAAAUCAGGAGCAUGGAUUCUUUCUGCAGAUCAAGGUGGACAAGUGAAGUAUUUUCAAUCAAAUAUGAAUAAUUUACAGGUCAUUAAUGCUCAUCGGGAAGGCGUGAGAGGAUUGAGUUUUUCUCCCGAUGAUAGCCGAUUCGUUACAGGAAGUGAUGAUAGUACAAUGAAAAUUUGGGCUUUUGAAGAAGCACGUGAAGAAUCAACGAUAAAAGGACAUGGUUGGGAUGUAAAAGCGGUGGAUUGGCAUCCCUACAAAGGGUUAAUCGUUUCGGGAAGCAAGGAUAAUUUGGUGAAAUUUUGGGAUCCACGAUCAGGAUCUACGUUGGCGACAUAUCAUGGACAUAAAGGGACCGUGCAAGCGGUAAAGUGGAGUUUAGAUGGGAAUCUCGUUGCGACGGCUUCUCGGGAUCAGAUCAUUAAGCUGUACGAUAUACGAUCGAUGGCUGAAUUACACUCAUUGAAAGGCCAUCCAAGUGAUGUUUGUUCGGUAGAUUGGCAUCCUGAGCAUCGCGAUCUGCUCGUAUCGGGCGGAUCGGACGGAUCUAUGCUAUUCUGGUCUUUGAAUGCUUCCGAUCCGAACCUUCCCGUCCAUUCCAUGCCAACGGCUCACGAAUCGAAUAUUUGGUCCCUCAAAUGGCAUCCACUCGGCCAUAUCCUUGCCUCCGGUUCCAACGACCAUUCAACGAGAUUCUGGGAGAGAGCUCGACCGGAAGAUGUGUUGAAAGAUAAGAGGGAUUCAUUUCACGGACCGAAAGGUUCCGCAAAUUAA